AUGUAAAUUAUUAAGAGCAAAGCAGUGUAGUAAUUAGUACAUCGUUCCCAAUACAACAAAAUCGUAUGGCAAUCCUCUAAUCCAUAUAACAAAAGAUGGCAAUACAAAUUUAAGAAUGCCUAUUACACAUAUCCAAGAGACAUCAAUUAAGAGCAUACCUACGUUAAAACCCCAAAAGAUAAUUGGGAAUCAGUUCCACUUGGAUGGGCUUGGAUCUAAGAUUUAUUACAUAGACACGUGCCAAACUUUUCUUGUUUAAUAGAAAGAAGACAUAGAUUAUUUGAUAAGUUCAAUGUUUAUUUCUUGCCAGCAUUCAGUCUAUUCUUUUAUCAAUUUUAUCCAUUAGCAUUUGGAUUUAAGGUAUUAACAAUAUUGCCUUUGGCAAUGUUAUACGUGAGAGCCAGAGACAAAUGUGGUGAUCCUGAUUUCAAAGAAACAUACCUGAGAGAUAUGUUAUACAAAAAUAGUGAAAUAACUUCCCUAUUUAAGGAUGAGACUCUUCACGUUUUAGAUUACGACUGUGAAUAUGAUAAAGGAUAUCCAUGUCCUGAGAAAUUCCCAGAAUUCAAGAAUAAGUUUUGGCAAUUCUUCAAUACUGAUACAUCAAUGACAACUGGAUAUUUCAAGAUGGCUGAUGUAGAAUCAGGUGCAGUGAUGAAUUUGAAAUUUAAGACAAUGCCUGUCCCAGGAAAAUAUAGAUAUUAAAUUGGAGAACCAUUUUAUUUUUAUGAUUUAAGAGCCGAAAUUACUCAUAAUGGAUAACACAAGGAAGUUGUUUUAGUUGAUGAGAAAGUAGCCCUUCAAAAAGUAAGACCAUUUUUAUUAAUUAUUUGAAAAAUAAUAUAAGAAUCAAUCUAGGAAAUUAAAAAAUAAUCAAUUUCAUUA